AUUCAUCCCAAGAGACCAACUGCAAAUCUGGUCAGUAAGAAGGUUCUGACCUCAAUGCUGGGUCAAGUGAUCAUCUGUGCAUUGGUUCAAAUGUUUGUCUUCUUCUACACUCGUGCACAACCAUGGUACGAGCCUCCAGUGGUCAAUCCUGAUGAACUCAACGUAUCCAAUCCAGAAAAUUCGGCUUUAUUCUUAGUCUCUUCAUUCCAAUACCUAAUCGUUGCAGCCGCAUUCAGCGUUGGACCGCCAUAUCGUCAACCUAUGUACACCAACCCGAUGUUGAUGUUAUCUUUGGGUUCUUUGACCGUUUUAUCGCUUUAUUUCUUAUUUGUUCCUUCAGGACCAAUCUUUGACGUUUUGGAAUUGGUUGAAAUGCCAAGAUCGUUCCAUUGGGCACUUUUGAUUAUCGUUACGGCAAAUUGGGCUUUAUGUUUGUUAUUCGAAGCAUUUGCAACUGCUUGGCUAACAUCAGCCAUCAAAGCUUUACAAAGAUUUAUUCGAAGAGUACGUAGAGGAGAACGUACAAAGAAGCAUGAAUCAAAGAUGUACAAAGCCGUUGUUGCUGAAUGGCAAAAUGAUGGACAAGCUUAG